AUGGCAGCUCGUCAUCCCCUCCAGCGCUUGGCAUCGCCCUCGCGAUCUUUCUCAGCGCUGCUGCAUAUUGCUGGGAUAGUAUCGUUCUCGGCCUCGUUCAGAUAUCUGCAGCUCUAUCCGCAGCUGCCUGAUACAACUUAUGGCGGUCAUUUUCAGUUUCUCACCAUCAUUGGCCUGGGACUGGCUCUCAUGACCAUGGUCUCUGGCCUUCUCGCAGAUCUCUUCUUGAUACCCCAGUUCUUCACGGUCAAAAACAGCCUCUCCGUGUGCUCGACCCCUCUCGCGGUGCUUGUCAGUAUUUUGUACUGGGGCUUGGUCUCUAUUGACAAAAGCCUUGUCGUCCCUCCAGACGUUCAGCACCUACUGCCCAUCAUUCCAGAUGUGGGGUUCCACGCGAUGCCUGCGAUCCUGCUUUCGCUUGAUCUCUUGCUGCUGAGUCCGCCGUGGACAAUCAGAAUGUACAGUGCGAUGAGCCUGAGUAUGGUGCUAGCGUUCCUGUACUGGGGUUGGGUUGAAUGGUGCUUCACCAAGAAUGGCUUCUACCCAUAUCCCAUCUUUGAGAUUCUGUCAACGAGCCAGCGCGUUGUGCUGUUCACCGUUUCAGCCUUCCUCAUGACCCUCAGCACAUUGGCGUUGAAAUGGGUCUAUGGCAAGCUGAACGGCAUCGAGAUGUUUCAAAAGGAGGCCGUGAAUCCUAUCAAGGCGGAUUGA